CAGCUGCUCCCUGCUGACUGGGGUGUGGGCGGGGAGCGGCGGGAGGAGGAGGCGCUGCUGGCCGCUGCAGUUGCCUCCGCUGCUGGGCGCCUGGGCAGCUCUCCCGGUUCCCGCGGCCGCCAUGGACGAGCAAGCGGGUCCCGGCGUCUUCUUCAGCAACAACCACCCGGGCGCCGGCGGUGCCAAGGGUCUCGGGCCUCUGGCGGAGGCUGCCGCGGCCGGCGACGGAACGGCUGCGGCGGGGGCGGCCCGAGCCCAGUACAGUCUCCCGGGGAUCCUGCACUUCCUGCAGCACGAGUGGGCCCGCUUCGAGGUCGAGAGAGCCCAGUGGGAAGUGGAGCGGGCGGAGCUGCAGGCUCAGAUUGCCUUCCUUCAGGGGGAAAGGAAAGGUCAAGAAAAUUUGAAGAAGGAUCUUGUGAGGAGGAUCAAGAUGCUGGAGUAUGCGCUUAAACAGGAAAGAGCUAAAUACCACAAGUUGAAAUAUGGAACAGAAUUGAAUCAGGGAGAUAUGAAGCCUCCAAGCUAUGACUCUGAUGAAGGUAAUGAAACAGAGGUGCAGCCACAACAAAACAGCCAGUUAAUGUGGAAACAAGGUCGACAACUACUCAGACAGUAUCUACAGGAGGUAGGUUACACAGAUACUAUUCUAGAUGUGAAAUCCAAACGAGUGCAAGCUUUGUUGGGCUUUUCAAGUGAAGUCACUGACAGGGAAGAUGUCAAAAAUCAGGACUCAGUUAUAAAUGGCACAGAGGCUGAAGUUAAAGAGACAGCAAUGAUUGGAAAAUCUGAGUUAACAGAUUCUGCCUCCGUGCUGGAUAAUUUUAAAUUCCUUGAAAGUGCAGCUGCAGAUUUCAGUGAUGAAGAUGAAGAUGAUGACAUUGAUGGAAGAGAGAAAAGCAUCAUUGAUACUUCAACGAUUGUUAGGAAAAAAGUAUUGCCUGAUAGCAGUGAAGAUCGAGAUACAAAAGAAGCUCUAAAGGAGUUUGACUUUCUGGUUACAUCAGAAGAAGGAGACAAUGAAUCCAGAAGUGCAGGCGAUGGAACAGACUGGGAAAAGGAAGACCAGUGUCUCAUGCCUGAAGCUUGGAAUGUGGACCAGGGAGUAAUUACCAAACUCAAGGAACAAUACAAAAAGGAGAGAAAGGGGAAAAAGGGGGUGAAGAGAAAAACUACUGAAGAUCUGUUUCAGCCUCUAUCCUAUAUAAAACAAUCAAAACAGGGAUGUGGGAGAAUGCAGCAUCAAAGUACAGGGCCCAAUAGGUCAAAACUGCAAGAUAUGCUUGCUAAUUUGAGAGAUGUUGAUGAACUUCCCUCAUUGCAGCCAUCUGUGGGUUCACCUUCCAGACCCAGCAGCUCCAGGCUUCCUGAACAUGAAAUAAAUAGGGCAGAUGAAGUGGAAGCAUUGACGUUUCCUCCUUCUUCUGGGAAGUCAUUCAUCAUGGGAGCAGAUGAAGCCCUUGAAAGUGAACUGGGACUUGGAGAAUUGGCAGGCCUUACAGUGGCCAAUGAAGCAGACUCAUUAACUUAUGAUAUAGCAAACAAUAAAGAUGCAUUGAGGAAGACGUGGAACCCUAAGUUUACAUUAAGAAGUCACUUUGAUGGCAUUAGAGCCCUUGCUUUCCACCCCAUUGAGCCUGUUUUGAUAACGGCAUCAGAGGAUCACACGUUAAAAAUGUGGAAUUUGCAGAAAACAGCCCCAGCCAAAAAGAGCACUUCUCUUGAUGUGGAGCCUAUCUAUACAUUCAGAGCUCAUAAAGGUCCAGUGCUUUGUGUGGUAAUGAGCAGCAAUGGUGAGCAGUGCUAUAGUGGCGGGACUGACGGACUGAUCCAGGGCUGGAACACCACCAACCCCAACAUCGAUCCCUAUGACUCUUACGAUCCUUCUGUUUUAAGAGGCCCUCUCCUAGGCCACACCGAUGCAGUCUGGGGUUUGGCUUACAGCGCAGCACACCAGCGUUUGUUGUCCUGUUCAGCAGAUGGCACUCUCCGUUUAUGGAAUACAACCGAGGCUGCUCCAGCCCUGAGUGUAUUUAAUAAUAAUCAAGAACUGGGAAUCCCUGCCUCUGUGGAUCUAGUGAGCAGUGACCCGAGCCAUAUGGUAGCAUCAUUCAGCAAAGGAUACACAAGCAUCUUUAACAUGGAAACACAACAACGCAUUCUCACUUUAGAAUCCAACCUAGAUUCAACAGCCAACUCUUCCUGCCAAAUAAAUAGAGUCAUCAGUCAUCCCACUCUUCCCAUCAGCAUCACUGCUCAUGAAGACAGGCAUAUCAAAUUCUACGAUAACAAUACAGGCAAACUGAUCCACUCGAUGGUAGCCCACCUAGAAGCUGUUACAAGUUUAGCAGUUGAUCCAAAUGGCCUGUACUUAAUGUCUGGCAGUCAUGACUGUUCAAUACGUUUAUGGAACCUAGAAAGUAAGACGUGUAUCCAAGAGUUCACAGCUCAUCGGAAAAAGUUUGAAGAAUCAAUUCAUGAUGUAGCUUUCCACCCAUCCAAAUGCUAUAUAGCCAGUGCUGGGGCUGAUGCACUGGCUAAAGUCUUUGUAUGACACAAUGCAUCAUCUUCACCUUCUAGCUCUUUAUAAAUAAUCAACUGCACAAAAGAGAUACAGAAGACCGGGGCAAGAGUCAACCCAUCCAGCCCUUUUGUUCUGCUGAAGGAGCACAGAGAACAUUUGUUAAAGUAUAGUUUUGCAAUUCGUUUUCUAAACCUAAGGUUUGUUCAGGUUGCUGCAAGCUCAGCUGAAUCUGUGAGCCUGAAAACUUCAAAAUUUUUCCCAAAAUAGGAGCUUUUAUUUCUGAGGUUGUUCUAAUUCGCUAGGCAGGCCUGAGCGAAGAAUAUAGGUUUAACUUGCCCCUAUUGAGUAAAUAGGGCACAUUAUAAGGGAUAAUUAAAAAGGUUGAUGGCUGGGAAUGAGUAGAGGAAGAAUGGAAAUUUAGACCUAGUUCUCCCCUGAGAAAUCUUGUUAAACAUAUUAGGUAAUCAAAACAGUAAUCUUUAUCAUAUCUGUUGUACUAACCCCUAUGUGCAUAAUGACCAGGCAGUGUUAAAAUGAGUUUUUAAUUUAGCUCUCCUUUCAACUGUUCUCAUAAAGCACCUGGCAAAACAUUUUACCUAUUAGAGGGAAAAAAAGAAAUGCAAUAACAUGUUAAAUAUAUUAUUAUUCAGAAAUGCUAAACAAAUAUUUAGUUUUUAAGCAGAUUUCUAUAUUGUAUUACAUUUUUAAAAAUAGAUUUGGUACCAUUCUAAAGUUUAGCUGUCAAAAGCACUCACCAUUAUGAAGAAUAGUUGAUAGAGUCUGCUUUUACUAAAGGAUUUAACUUAUUCAGGUUUAAGAUUCUGUUUAUUUUUAAUGGCAAGCAGGUCAUAUCUUUAUAAUAAUUUCUGUUAAUUUUAAAAUUCAUUUUAUUCAUGGGAUGUUUAUAGUACCAGAGUGAUUAUUUCCUAUCAAUGAAAUCUUACCUUUCAGUGGUUGAAAAGCUGGAAGUUAUUGGCAAGUACUUAUUUAUCAAAACCCACAUAACCAUGCUUCAGAUGAUCUCUACUCUUUCUUCUUUGUCUCUUAUAUUCAAAUUAUCUGACACCUACCAAAAAUAGUUCAUAAUUAUUAUGUUUUAAUAGUCCAAAGGAUAUGGUUAACAUCAGGCAGCUGCUUUUGCAGAAGUACUAAAUAAAGCAAAUGUUUUGUGCCCCAGGAAUUCCCUUAUUAAUAUCCCUAAGAAGAAGAACCUCUUGGAAAUCUGGAUGGAAUAGUUUGGUGUAUAAUAUUGGCUAAAGGGUUCUCUCUUUCUUUCCCUCUCCCUACCCCACCUCCAGUGUCUAAUUGGAAUACACAGCAUGUUUUAAUAGGCAGUGAAUCAAUACUGUUUCUGGGGAAAACCAUUCUUGAAGGACCAGGGUUCCCUGAGCGCACCUUACCUAUGACCCACAUAUGGUCAACUCUUGGGAUUUCCAUGACCCCACUGUCUGGACCCAGUAUAUAGACCUCAUCCCUACAACUGUCUCACCUCUCCUCACACUCUUUCUUAUUUGUCCAAAAUGUCAGAGACCAAUCUGGAAAUUAGAAAUAAGUUACUAAUACCCAAAUUUUCAGCAAAAUGUAUUUUUAAUAGGCUCUCAGACUUAAAAAAAGUCCAUAUCCAUAAAUAUUUUAACCUUUUAAUAUAAUUCCUACAUUCCUAUGCCCGUGUAUUCCAUUAGCAUAACAAUGGCACUUCUGAUAAUAUGUACAUCUACUCCCUGAAGAAGUUUUAUCACGAUAGUGUCAAUGUUAAUUGACAGUUUUUCUUUAAAAUUUCUGCUUAUCUGCCUCUGGAAUUCUGUAGUAUACAGGCAAGUUUUCUUUAAAGACCUGUGUUAAAUUUGCCUAAUUGAUAUACAGAUAUGCUUUAAUAUUUUGACACAGCUACCUUGUCAUUUCAUCUGUGCUUUGGUUCACAGUGGGCUCAAGGGACUCCUUUGUGUAUUCAAAUGAUUUGACCUGGAUAUGAGCUACCAGUUAAAUGUUUAUAUUCCCAUGCAGGUGUAGAAUUCCACAUUGUGUUUGGCGAAUUCCUCUUUUGAUUGUUCACAAAGUAAAUAAAUGAUGUUGCUGACCUAACAUUUGUAGAAGGAUACUGGAAAAUUCCAGUCAGGUGCUCUUAAUUGGCAUAUUUGUGAUGGAUGACUACAGGCUAUUGUUCUACCAAUUAUUGCUUUAAUUACUUUCCAAGGUCUGCAGUGCCUGCUUUCCUUCUGUCACUGGAAUUCUCAAAACCAAGACACUCUCUUCACCUGCGUUUUAUGCCGCAUGGUUGAAAUGCAUUUUUCUGUUAGUAAGUAGAAAACAACCAUGAGAUAUGUAGACUGUAGUGCAAAUGAUGGAACUGUUGAAAGUUCCUUAGAAAGCCAGUGCUGUGCUCUUGGAGAUUGUACCCAGAAACAGAGAUUCUUCUCCACUAGCACUGUUAUGAUCUCAGUGUAGAAAUGAGCCAAAGCUGUCUUCCAACCAGAUAGAAGCAUAUAUAUGUGUCUGAUUUUUCCCUCAGCUUAUCAAAAAUUCAAUGAAAAUUGACAAAAUGAACAAAUUCCAGAUUUGAACAGUCACUGAAAUGCUGUCAUAGUGCUUCAUUUGUAAAUAUUUUGGAUGAAAUGUAUUGGAAUAGUAUGAAAAUCAGCAGGAGAUGUGGGUCCCUGCCUUAUCUUCACAUGCUAUGGAUACAUCUCUGGGAGCUUGCAGCACCCUUCUCAAAACUCAGCUGUCAUAUGGAGCUCAUUUGCUACUUGAACCAUAGACAGAUAUUUAACAUAAGUGAUAUAAUGACCUUCAGUAUUUUUCUAUUGAACAAGUUUAGCAAUUUUUGCCAUUAAACAGAUAAUUAGUUAUGCAAAGUAUUUAGCUUUUAUAAUCAUUUUAGUUAUGACUAAAAGGGGGGAAAUUGAGCUGUAUCACUGAUAACGAACUUUGUGAGAAAUUUUUUGUUUAUCUGACUUUCAUUCCUUCAGUACUCUUGCUAUAAAUUUCUUUGGGAGAUAAUGAUGAAGAUUUAUUUGAAAAUGUCUAAAAUGUAUGUAUAUUUUAUAAAUAUAUAUUAUAUAUAUUGUAGGAAUAUAUAUAAUAUAUAUAGACUAUAUAUAUAUAUAUAAAACCAUAGGUGCAUUUUACUGUUUUGUAUGUUCAUUUUUGGAGGUAGUGUACACAGCAGGUAAUGAUGAGUAUGAUGAGUGUUGUACUGUUUGCUUUUGCAGUAUAAUAUAUAGUUCUAAAUGUUUAAAUUACUGUAUAUACUAUAUUCAUUAUAGGCUAGCA